AAGCGCUAUUGUUUGACUGCUAUUCCUUUGUUUCUGCCAUCCCUCACUUCCCUGAUUAGUAGCUGUUUGAAUCUGCCCUUUGCAACGCAGGGAAGGCCUAGAAGACUAAAGCCUUUUUCUUCAAACAAAAAACAAGGAGCACGACAAGGCUCUGGUACCCAGGAUCCUCCAGCCCCGCGGGUCCUGCUUAGUUUCAACUCUAAUGAUAAUUGGACAUAUCUGUGCAUAUACUAAACACCAUUGAAUGCUACACUAUAAACAGCUGAAUUAUUUGGCAUGUGAGUUAUAUAAAGCUGUUAAGAAAAAGAGAAAGUCAUGUGACUAAUUAUUUCAAUUACCAAGAGAUAAAAGGCCCAAAUGUUAUUCGGAACCCCUGUGGCCAACAAAUUGGCAGAGAUCACGGGCUGUCUUCCGUCUUCAAGCGUAAAGUAGCGAAACGGAGCUGCGGGGUAGCUGGUGAAGCAACGGACGUUUGGGGUCUAAGGAGAGACCCUAGGCCGGCCUCUGUGUCCCGGGCACCCGGCGGCUGAGCUCGGGGCGCCUCGGGUGACCGCGCGCCCCUCCUCCGGCCUGAGUCACGGCGCCCCGAGUCCCCACGCCGAGAGGAUGCGGCGGUGAGCGCUGCUGGACGCCGGGCGCAGCGUGGGCUCCGGGACGCCAGCGCCGCCGCUCGGGACGCCAGGCCGCAGGCGUGCUCUCCCGGCUGGGCCUCGCAGGCCGGCUGCCGGGCCCGCCUCCGCGGCUCCCCGACCUCCUCGGCCGGCGGCGCAGCGGAGCGGCGGAGGAGUCCGAGCCGGAGCCGGAGCCGCGCGCGCCCCGCCCGCCCGCGCCGCCCUUCCUCCCUCCCUCCAUGGCGUUUAUCCGGAAGAAGCGGCGCGAGCAGCAGCUGCAGCUCUACUCCAAGGAGAGAUUUUCCUUGCUGCUGCUUAACUUGGAGGAGUACUACUUUGAACAGCAUACAGCUAAUCAUAUUCAGCACAAGGGCAGUCAGAAUGAAAGGAAAAUCAGAGGCUCCUUAAAAAUAUGUUCAAAAUCAGUUAUUUUUGAACCGGAUGCAACAUCCCAGCCCAUCAUUAAGAUUCCUUUGAGAGAUUGUAUAAAAAUAGGAAAACAUGGAGAAAAUGGAGCCAAUAGACACUUUGCAAAGGCGGUAUCCGGGGGGAUCUCACUCAUUUUCAGUCAGGUAUAUUUCAUUAAAGAACACAACAUUGUUGCACCAUAUAAAAUAGAAAGGGGCACAAUGGAAUAUGUCUUCGAGUUGGAUGUUUCAGGGAAGGUGGAAGGUGUCGUGGAGACAUUGCUUCAGCUUCACAGAGCAUCCUGUCUGGACAAACUUGGGGACCAAACUGCUAUGAUAACAGCCAUUUUGCAGUCCCGUUUGGCUAGGACGUCAUUUGACAAAAACAGAUUCCAAAGUGUUUCUGAAAAGCUGCACAUGGAAUGCAAAGCAGAAAUGGUGACACCUCUGGUGACGAAUCCUGGCCACGUGUGCAUCACUGACACUAACCUGUAUUUCCAGCCUCUCAAUGGGUACCCGAAACCCAUGGUCCAGAUAACACUCCACGACGUCCGCCGCAUUUACAAGAGGAGACAUGGCCUCAUGCCUCUGGGCUUGGAAGUGUUUUGCACAGAAGAUGAUCUGUGUUCCGACGUCUACCUGAAGUUCUAUGAACGUCAAGACCGAGAUGACCUCUAUUUUUACAUUGCUACAUACCUAGAGCACCACGUGGCGGAGCGCACGGCCGAGGGCUACACGCUGCAGUGGCAGCGCGGGCUUCUGUCCAACUACCAGUACCUGCUGCACCUCAACACGCUGGCCGACCGCAGCUGCAACGACCUCUCCCAGUACCCCGUGUUCCCCUGGGUCGUCGGCGACUACAGCAGCUCCGAGCUGGAUCUGUCAAAUCCAGGAACCUUCCGGGAUCUCAGUAAGCCAGUAGGGGCCCUCAACAAGGAACGUCUGGAGAGGCUGCUGACACGCUACCAGGAGAUGCCGGAGCCCAAGUUCAUGUACGGCAGCCACUACUCCUCCCCGGGCUACGUUCUGUUUUAUCUGGUCAGGAUUGCACCAGAGUAUAUGCUGUGUCUGCAGAACGGAAGAUUCGACAACGCAGACAGAAUGUUCAACAGUAUUGCAGAAACUUGGAAGAACUGUUUGGACGGUGCGACUGAUUUUAAAGAGCUGAUUCCGGAAUUCUAUGGUGAUGAUGUCAGCUUUUUAGUCAAUCGUCUGAAGCUGGAUUUGGGAAAGAGACAAGGAGGGCAGAUGGUUGAUGACGUAGAACUGCCCCCUUGGGCACGGAGUCCCGAGGACUUUCUCCAGAAGAGCAGAGACGCGCUGGAAAGCGAUUACGUGUCAGAGCACCUUCACGAGUGGAUCGAUCUCGUGUUUGGCUACAAGCAGAAGGGAAGGGAUGCUGUUGGAGCCCACAAUGUGUUUCAUCCCCUGACCUACGAAGGAGGUGUCGACUUGAACAGCAUUGAGGACCCUGAUGAGAAGGUAGCCAUGCUCACCCAGAUCUUGGAGUUCGGGCAGACACCAAAGCAGCUCUUUGUGACACCGCAUCCUCGAAGGAUCACCCCAAAGUUUAAAAGCUUGGCCCAGCCCUCCGGUUACAAUGCUUCCACGGCAGACGCUCCAGUCUCUCCAGGUGAAGAGUCUUUUGAAGACCUGACCGAAGAAAGCAGAACGCUGGCCUGGAGUAACAUCACGCGACUGCAGCUCCACGAGCAGCACAAAAUCCACAAAGAGGCAGUCACUGGAAUAGCAGUCUCUCGCAGUGGGUCGUCUGUCUUUACAACCUCACAAGAUUCCACCUUGAAGAUGUUUUCCAAAGAAUCCAAGAUGCUACAAAGAAGUAUAUCAUUUUCAAAUAUGGCUUUAUCAUCGUGUUUACUUUUACCAGGAGAUGCCACUGUCGUAAGCUCUUCGUGGGAUAACAAUGUCUAUUUUUAUUCCAUUGCAUUUGGAAGACGCCAAGACACAUUAAUGGGACACGAUGAUGCUGUUAGUAAGAUCUGUUGGCAUGACAACAGGCUGUAUUCGGCGUCGUGGGACUCUACUGUGAAGGUGUGGUCCGGGGUUCCUGCAGAGAUGCCAGGCUCCAGGAGACACCAAUUUGACCUGCUGGCCGAGCUGGAGCACGAUGUCAGCGUCGAUACCAUCAGUUUAAGCGCUGCAAGCACACUGUUGGUUUCAGGCACCAAAGAAGGCACAGUGACUAUCUGGGACCUCACUGCAGCCACCGUAUUGCACCAGAUUCCAUGUCACUCAGGGACUGUAUGUGAUACUGCUUUCAGCCCAGACAGUCGCCACGUCCUCAGCGCAGGAGAAGAUGGCUGUCUAAACGUCGUCGAUGUGCAGACAGGAAUGCUCAUCUCUUCUAUGACUUCGGAAGAGCCCCAGAGGUGCUUUCUCUGGGACGGAAAUUCGGUUUUAUCCGGGAGUCAGUCCGGUGAGCUGCUUGUCUGGGACCUUCUCGGGGGGAAGAUCAGGGAGAGAAUCCAGGGCCACACAGGUAAGCUGUCUGCCGCUGACCUGACUCCACCAAACCUGCUUUUCCCACCAGCAGACGAGCCCUUCUCAAGCAGAAAACUCCCCGUGUGUCCUCUGUGCCGUGGACGUUCCCCUCCAGAUCCUGGCUGGCCAGGCCACCUGCAGCUCUUGGUUUCAGAGACAGUCGAUUCCAGAAUGGAAGUUUUUGACUUCCACAUGGAGAAUUAAAAGCCAAGUAAAAGCUGUAUGUGCAUUUAAUACAUGCACACGGUAGAAAGAAACAAUACGAAAGUAAUGGAAACGGUACCAAAGUAAUGAGUCACAGUGGAAAUGAAGUCUUCCUCCCACAGACCCCCCCCCCCCCCCGGGCCUCAUCCUGGGAAGACUCUGCAGCUGGGUUUCUGGAGAUGUCUCACAUUAGUGAAGGAUGCGCUGCUGUGUGCGUCACCGUUCUGCCCGUUGGGUUUUCACUCUGCUUACAUUUGCACGUCUUCCUCUCCUCUCAAGCACUUGGAGGAUUUAUGGUUAAUUCGUGUAAUGGCUAUGGUUAUAAGUAUCUACUGACUGCCCACCUUCACUCUCUUCCCUCUGUCACUGUUGCGUGUGGUUAUUUCUUCGUAACAUUAUACAUUGAAGUGACUUGUCUAUGCCUUUCUUCCCCAGCUCACAAGCUUUAAAUAACACUUUGACUCCUGAUAGAAAUGGAAGUAAACCAGCAAACUCACACCAAUUCCCUACUUCUCUCAUCUGCUGCCUGACUUUUGUCACAGGUGUAUAUAAUAUUUGUAUUCUGUUCUGCAAUUCCCAGUUGCUUUAGCUUUACAUUCAAAUAGUUUCUUAUUCCUCCCAAGUUCCUUGUACUGAGUAGUUAUUCUGAGUUCAUGCAGAUUGUAUUAUAGGACAAGACCACGUGGUACCUCCUGGUCAGCUCACCCCCUAACCACACGUCUCUUCUCGCAGGUGCCGUAACGUGUAUGUGGAUGAACGACCAGUGUAGCAGUGUCAUCACGGGAGGGGAAGACAGACAAAUUAUGUUCUGGAAAUUGCAGUAUUAAGUGCCUUUUCCUCGAAUAUUAUUGAACUCUAUGUAAUGCUUUUUUAAACCAAACUUUUAAACGACCUGGUGAACGUGCAAUUAUAGUAGUUAGAAGUCUUACCACAUGAGAAAUUUGUGGUUUUAGUAAAACUUUAUAAAUCAUGGUGACUUCACUGAAAGCCAUUAGUUGUCAUGCUCUAAGGCAGAUGGAGAUGUGGCAGUACUGGGGAGAAAAACAUUAACAUUUGUAAGGCAGGUGGUCAGCCCAGGAUGACGAUGGUCAGAAGACAAGUUUGGGUGGCAAAGAGCGUAGCUAAGAGAUACUAAACCAGCUGGGGAAACUUCCCAAAAGCACUGAACAAUUUAAGGACUUUCCAAGAAAAUGUGAGUAUUCUCUGCUGCCGAGUCACUCCGUUAUGUCUUCCUACUCGACACAAUUGCUGCCCGCUGGGUUUUGGGAUGUGUGUUUCCACCGAGUGCUUACUUUCUAUAACCGCCUGGCCCCCAGGUUCUAAGAACCUGGGGAAGGAUUAGCAGUUCUUGGGAACGGUUUAUUUCAUUAUAGCUAUUAAAUGCCCAUCUUUUCUAUGACAUUAAAAAUAUUUUUCUGUAAUGAAAGCAGUUUUCAUAUUCUCAUUUAAAUGAUUUAUUAACAAAGUACUGGGUACUUCAAGUACUGAUCCUUCCAGAAAACCAUACUGAGUACCGUGAACAUCAUCCUCUGCUUCAGUAACUACCUUCAGACCAAAAUCCAGAUAACGAGGUAGAGAAUCAAACUGAAAAACGUGCCGUGCUUGGCUUUUCUGAAUUUCGCACGAGGUAAGCUGUGAAGCAGCAGCACUGACCACCUCUGAACCACAGCAAGUAUGUGACGUAAGAUCUUUCUACACCGUUUACAAGCCCUGGGUCUGUUGAAUGUUAACUAUGACUCGGCCUGGGUACCCCCAGGGAAGCAAUAGUGCAGUCCAGCUUCCCGCCUGGAGGCCCUUCUCCCAACACUCAGGCCCUCUCAGUACAGAGGGGCUUUCCUCAGGCUCCCAGGUGGCGGCCGCUCUGGGAGAUGACUCUCUCCCACAGGCCUAAUGUUUCCAAUGAUGCAAUGACAGACAGACUAAACUCUAACUUUAUUUAUACAUUUUCAAUUAAAAUAGAAUAGUCAUAAACCAAAGAGAAGGAAAAACAAAUCAGGAUGAAGUGUCGCUGUCAUUCUGUUUGCAGGGAGGGGUCAGGAAAUGGAACAAAUGAUAGCAUUCCAAGACAUCCCAGAGCAGCUGGGUUACAUGUAAGUGCCUAAAGCCAGGUCUUAUCCCACUUAAUCUACACAUGGAAAAGAAGUCAAAGUUUCUCCUAUAGAGCACAAGAAUUUUUACAUUACAUAUAUAGUGAUUCAUUUCUCAGAAAGUGAUACCAGUAACUCUUGAGAGGAAAAGUUUCCAUUACACAAGGACUAGAAAAUCUCAAAUGCAGCUAAGCAGCUGUGCUGUGCUCAGCAUGUACCGUUACACUGCUCUGGGCUAGUGUCCGUUUAACAGAGAACUGCAUUGGGGGCUUGAGAAAGGCAGCAAGAGUUUGGCUUUUAUUCUAGAGGCUUAACGUUGUUAUUAUUUAAGUAAAGGUAGUUAAAACGUAAUGAUAGUCAAUACAGUCUCCUGCAGCCUACAUACACUAUAUAAUAAUGCUUACAUGGAAUGAAACCAGUGUUACUUAAUUGGUGUUUUAUACAAACAGAACUGAAAGAAAAAAGUAAUCAUUCUAAAUGUACUAUGGGUAACAGGAAAAAUGCACAUAUACCAUAGAACUAAAGUGAUAUGAACAGCACUACCUGAUACCCAGGACUGAAGGUGACUGGUUCCAACAGAGCUGAGCCUGUAUCAGUCGGUCUCCAGUAAAGACACACUAGUCUACAAAAGUAAGUCUUUCAACUGUAAAAUCAGGAUAAGGCUACAACUAUCUUGAAGUCUGAACAAGAUACCGGAUCAGACAGUAAGAUCCCCAGCCCUGCUGUAAGACAGGAAAUACGCCUGCUGGCUCCUAGAAAGCUUCAUGUGCAUAAUAGAAAGGUACGUUGCCAGAGAUGUAAACGGGAGAACUUGAGUGAAGUUUCCACUGCGCCGCGGCUUCUAAACCUCAGGAAUGGUGUGAUCCAUCAAGCUUUUCAUAAUGCUCGGGGCCAUCCUACAAGAGAGCCACUUCUAUUAAAUACCGAGAAAACUCCAAUCCAGACUAGCGCUGUGAGCAUCAGGUUGGAAUGCGGGGGAAGGUUUUAAUCUAGUAGUUUGCAAAAUACCCAGUGUGAAAAGCUAUCUGCAUCCUGGCUAGUAAAGUUAGAUAAGAUACAGCAAAGUCCUUGUUUCUUUGUAUAUCAAGGCUGGAUAGUUCAGAAGACAGAAGAUGACAAUGCCACUUGUUGGCAGGAAGUGGGUGGGAGCUGUUACUGGUUUAAAAAAAGUGAGCUCUUGCAGGAUCAGCCCUGACAACUCUCCCCGCCGAGACCCCAAGAGCGGCUAGCUGCAUGCUACCCAGAAUGCUGAAACAAACCAUUACAGGUGGUAUGUUUUUAAUAUUUUAAAUUCUGUUUCCACAUGCAAGGUAGAUUCUGCAAGAAGAAUUCUACGCUGGCUGAGCCAAGCCAGAGUGUAGAAGCUGCUGGGCAGACAGCCCUGGCCGCCCCCUUUCUGUUCUCCCUCCUCAGCUUUCCAGUCCCAUUCCUGAGGACGGACAGCACACCCCACGCGCUUUGCUGCCUCCUGAGAUGCUCCCGGGAAUCAACCCCUGUGCCACCAGAGAAGCCCUGGGGGAACAGUCUUAAGAAGCCGCCUGCCAGUUCAGGGACACGGGUUUCAGCCCUGGUCCGGGAAGAUCCCACAUGCCACCGAGCAACUAAGCUCGUGUGCCACAACUACUGAAGCCUGCGUGCCUAGAGCCCGUGCUCCGCAACGAGAAGCCGCCGCAACUAGAGAAAGCCCGCGUGCAGCAAUGAAGACCCAACACAGCCAAAAAAAAAAAGACUUCCUCCAACACCCCACAUGCAAGAAUUCUUCAUGAACCACAAGCAGGUGUCUACCGAGCGGAGGAGCUGCAGGCAGACCACAACUACGAUUUCACUGAAAACCGAUAAGAGCCUGCCCACCCCUGCUGUGUACCUUUUUCUACUAGGAAACAUCAAAAUUUAGGAAGUGGAUUUUAUUCCAUACUUGGGAAUUUGUGAGGGGUCAUCCUUACCAACCAACUCCUCUGAUUUAAAUAAUUUACUUCAAAUUUCUAGAUAAUGCCAAUGUCAUCUCUUAGGUAAAAAAAAAAAACCCGAAGGUUUGAGAAUUACAAGAAGCACAGUGCUUCUAUGAGGUCACGUGAACGUAGCAUCAGGUUGAAGAAUUUGUCUACUUACCGUUUAAUAAUAUGUUCAAAUAUAAAAGCAGGCAUGAUUGUAAUAGUAACUACAUUCCCAGCUGUUGACAGUAUGUCUGCGAUUUGAGAGUCCUGUUGAAAACACACAAUGAAAAUUAAUUCUACUGAAGCUUUGUUAAAUACAUAUAAAACUAUUGUUGGUAAAAAAAAAAUAUAUGUCCUUUGAGGUUUUGCUAAUGUCUCUAAAAUCCUGACCCUUGGUAUUUAUAGUUUUUCUAGUUUCUUUACCAAGUUUCAAUUCAACAGAACCACAAUUUCAUGAGUGGUAACUGCUAAGUAAACCGAGUUGAAAAUAUCAGCCAACAAAUCAUUCUUCUCAUCACGUACGAUCAAAUCACUGUCCCCAUAUAGAAUAUUACCAUAGCCCCUCGGCUAACUGUAUUCUUAACCCAGGUUAAUGAAACGAGCAGGUCUUAAUGAAAACCUUUAGACGUCAAAAUAGUUCUAUUUAGGAAUAUGUGGAGGGAAUAAACCAUAAGAGUGAAGGACUAAUCUGAACGUAAACUAUUGCGCAUUUCCUACAACUCCUGGAUUGAAAAAAGCUAUCAUCCAUCCAUCCAGAGUGUCCUCAAAAUCUUCAGUGCUCAGGUCUCCACGGUUCUGGGUCGAGGGACUUCAGAGAUCUAGCCUAGCCCCUGCCCCCCACUACAGAAGCCACAAUUCCAGGUGGUAGCCCCAGCGUGAGAGCACGGCCAGAGCCCAGGACCCCACUGAAUUUCUACAGGUUGGUCAAUAACAGCACCAGUGAAAUAGACAAAUGAAAAAGACGCUUUUCCUAAAAUCAAACUGCAGCAGAGUGAGUCCUAAGUUGUGCUCCUGACCUUCAGUCCAAUGACGUUCUGUCCGUUGACCUCACAGAUGUUGUGUUCCGUGAGAAGACCGUUUCUAGCUGCAGAACUAUCUUUCACUAUGGAUGUGAUUUUUCCAUUUUUAAAGACAAAGCCAACAUGUCCAGUACUGUCCUUGUGCAUGGUAAUUGUCCGUUCAAAGGGCCUGUAAACAUAAUGGCUCCAAUUAAAACUUUAAUUCCAAAGUAAGCAUUUUCAUGGCUCUCCAUUCUGACAUACUGGAUACUUUGUCACAAUAAACUCACUGUUUCCAAUGAGA